CGCCGGGAGCGGCGAUGUGCGCGGUGCGGGAGAAGGCGGCGGCACUGCACAUCUCGGCGCUCUACAGCCCCGAGGACAAGCCCCCGGGUUUCAGUGUGGCACAGAAGCCUUUUGGGGCCACAUAUAUUUGGAGCAGCAUUAUAAACACCCUUCAAACGGAAGUGGAAGUCAAGAAACGCAGGCACCACUUAAAACGGCACAAUGACUGCUUUAUUGGUUCAGAUGCUGUGGACGUUGUCUUCUCUCAUCUGAUUCAGAAUAAGUUUUUUGGAGAUGUAGAUAUUCCUCGCGCCAAAGUUGUGAGAGUAUGUCAAGCAUUAAUGGACUACAGAGUGUUUGAAGCCGUCCCCACCAAAGUCUUUGGAAGAGACAAACGGCCCGUGUUUGAAGACAGCAGCUGCAGCCUCUACAGGUUCACAGCCGGGCCUGACCAAGAGGACGGUCAGUCAGGGAAGGAGAACAGAGCGUGUGCGCCUUCCAGAUACGAGAAGACACCGUUAAUUAAUUCAUCGGCUUUGAAAUCAACAAGUUUAGAGGAUCUGUGGGAAAAUCUAAGUUUAAAGCCUGCUAACUCUCCUCAUGUAAAUAUCUCCACAAAUUUGUCUCCUCAAGUUGUUAAUGAAGUAUGGCGAGAAGAAACCAUUGGGCGCUUGCUCCAGCUUAUAGACCUCCCCCUCCUUGACUCCUUGCUUCAGCAUCAAGAGAUGGCACUCAAGGUUCCUCACCCUAAGGCACAGCCAGACUUGAUCAACACCAGUAACUAUUUGGACCGAGGGGUUCUCAAGGCCUAUAGUGACUCGCAGGAUGAUGAAUGGCUCUCUGCUGCAACUGACUGCUUAGAAUACCUUCCAGACCAGAUGGUGGUGGAGCUCAGCAGAAACUUUCCUGAGCUACCAGACAAAGGAGAUGUGUGGAAAGCACUCUUGUUUGAUACCAUUAGUAAACACUACAGCAAUAGGGAACCUUUGCUAAAUCACUUAUUUGAAAUUCACACGGGGAUUGCGGAACUCCUAGUGAAUGGGAAAACAGACAGAGCAUUGGAAGCCACGCAGCUCUGCCUGAAGCUGUUGGAUUCCAGCAGGAGAGAGGAGUUUAGAAGACUGUUGUACUUGAUGGCCAUUGCAGCACGUCCUUCUGAAUUUAAGUUACAGAAAGAGAGCGAGAAUCGGAUGGUCGUGAAGAGGGUGUUUUCUAAAGCAAUUGUAAACAACAAAAAUUUAUCCAAAGGCAAAACGGACCUUUUGGUGCUGUUUUUAGUGGAUCAUCAAAAAGAUGUUUUUAAGAUCCCAGGAACGCUACACAAGAUUGUCAGUGACAGACUCAUGGCCAUACAGAGAGGAGGAGAUCCAGGUAGAGACGCAGGCUAUGUUUUCUGCCAGAGACAUGACCAAAGUGAGUAUUACAGCCUUGCCCAGAAAGCCACUAAGGAAGAGCUUUUGUCUUUGCUAAAAACGAUUGAUGAGGACUCAAAAUUAUCUGCCAAAGAAAAGAAGAAAUUGCUGGGUCAGUUUUAUGAGAGUCACCCAAACAUCUUUAUUGAGUAUUUUGGAGAUCGGGUUUCAAAUAUUUUUAUAUAAUUUGUGUAUGUGAGAGUGAUUGUGUGUAUCUGAAAAUAAAAUGUAUAAUCUAUAUUGUGAGUUUUGAAAUAUUGCUUUUUUAAAGAUAUGAAACUGUGAUAAAUAAAAUAUUUGCUUCUAUAUAUAUAUA